CGCCUAAACAGCACUACUAGUAGACGGUGUUAGAUCUAGUGUGUAAAGAAAAUCAAACAAACCUUUCUUCGAACACCUUCUCUGCAUCGAGCGCGCCUUUUACUUUGAACUCGGGAGUGGAGGGAGCAGAGAACACCAACACCAUGUUUGGCUCCGCUCAACCUUCUUCUUCUCCCUUCGGCACCCCUUCUUCUACCCCUGCUUUUGGCACCCCUUCUUCGACCCCUGCUUUUGGCACCCCUUCUUCGACCCCAGCAUUCGGUACCCCUUCCUUCGCUACCCCUUCUUCUACCCCUGCAUUCGGUACCCCUUCUUCUACCCCUGCCUUCGGUUCUUCCCUCUUCUCCACACCCUUCUCUUCUCAACCGCAACAACAACAACAACAACAACAACAGCAACAAACUUCACUUUUUCAACAACAACAAACUUCUUCUGCUUUCGGCUUUCAGAAUUCCCUCGCACUCGCAGCACCGCAACCCUCGCUCUUCCCAAAUGCUCAAUUGACCACUCAGAUGGCUAACGUUGCACCUGUUCCUUUCUCCCUCGCUGAUCGCGAUGUUCAGACUAUUGUUGAUGCUUAUAAGGAAGAUCCCGGGAACCCCAAGUACGCAUUUAAGCAUUUGUUGUUCAGUGUAACAGAACCGCAGUUUAGAGUGAAGCCUGCCGGUGUAUCAGAUAUCAUGUGGGCGGAGGCAAUGGGGAAGCUUGAGGGUAUGGAAAGUGCUGAUAGAGAACGUCUGUGGCCACAACUUGUUCAGGGUUUUAAGGAUCUUUCACAACGCCUUAAGAUACAAGAUGAAGUCAUUGUUUCUGAUGCAGAGAGAUUGCGUAUAACCCAAAGCAACGUUAAAAUGCUCCAAAGACAUUUUCAAGCUGAUACUCUUCCUUGGAUUCAAAGACUGAAACAAAAAGAACAAAUUCUCCAGCAACGUCUUUUAAGAGUAAUGAGAAUAGUGGAGGCAUUGGAGGAAAAAGGCUGCCGUAUCCCCUUAACAAAAGGGGAAGCUGAACUUGCUGAGAAAUUAGCCACAAUAACUAGACAGCUGAAAGGAUCUGGAGCGGAACUGUCAAGAAGGGUACAAAAUCUACUAACUGUAUCUCGUGUUAAAGCUAAUAGCAAUGGAUUUGGUAGCUCCGUUUAUCUUCCAGGGUCAACCAAAAUUCAUGAACAGAGUCUUGGUGAUCUACAAGAGGUUUUACAGCAGCAGAUGGAGGCCAUUGCAAGACUUGGCAGUGUUCUGAAGCGAGAUAUACGGGAUAUGGAGAUUAUGAUGACCGAGGACACAGCAAGAACUGAAAAUGGGAAUUUAAUCUGAACUUAGUCUACAAAAUCAUUAGCCUUCUUGGGUUGUAUUCACAUUUUAUUUAUAUAUUUUUUAACCCAUCAUGAUUUGGUAACUAGUGGAAACUAAUGUAACGAGCACAUCCACAUACUAUGUGCUCUUUCCGCUGCUUAUUGGAACUUCCCAUCAUCAACUUCGAGAAAACGUUAUGCAAAUUGAUUAGUCAUUGCUAAUUUGCAAACUUUGUUUCUACAGUGAUGACAACGAAAUCAAAAUUUCCUAUUUGAUUUUA